GCAAAGGCUGUCUUUCUUUCCCUUUCAUUCAUAAGCGUUUAAGUUCCAGAUUUCUCCAAGCAGCAGCUGCUGCUGCAGCUGUGAUAGGAUGCAACGUGCCUCUAUGCACAGGGACAGGCUACAUACGACUUAAUUGAGGCGAGCCGGGUGAUUGUCCUUGUCACUGGAAAACUGCCUGCGAUCCCAACAUGACAUGUCAGCGAGGUUUCGCUUCUCAUCCACGGCUUCCUCUCCACUUUGUCAGCAAGCUGCUUCUCGGCUGGAUGUAGCCUGCUUGUUCACACAACAAAAGCUUCUAUGCAGUACGGCACUGAAUGAAUUGGGGGAACUCUCUUGUCUCCGGUGGGUGUUCAUUGUCCCUUGUGUCAGCCCCCCACCACAACCAUCCUCAAUCGCUGUCAACAUAACCCCCCCCCCCCCCAAGCAACUACUGAGCAAGACCGUCCCUCCGAGAAGAUCCACUUGCCUUAUAACUGCUCUCCUUGUCAACUCUUCCUUUAAUUCCUGUCCUCCUAGUCUUGUUUUAUUGUAUAUUAUACGCUUGGUCCAUCUCGCACAAGUUCCCUUCUUUCCUUUUUUUUUCCUAUUUGUCAGCACUUUUCCAUUAAUGCCUGUUCUUGCUCCAGUGAAGCAGCACUAGACUUGAUAUGGGAUGAAGGCUCGAGGUUACCGGCAACAUAAAGGAGACCUGGAGGCAGCUUCCCAUUUGUAAAGUGAGCAGUAAUUGUGAGAGGACAGACUGCACAGUUGGAAUCAAUAGUCUGCUUUCCUUGCAGCUAAGAGCACUCCAGUCUCGCAGUAGGUCAGGGAAGUAACUCCAGUGCACUGCUCUUACUGCAGAGUUGUACAGGAGUAGAACGCACGAGGCUGCAGUGCUGGUACAUCACGCUUCCUGUUACCAAGGACACAACUUUUCAAGUCAUCACAGGCUUCUCCUCACACUCUUACACCACAAUCCCAUGGACCGUUCUAGGAUGGAUGAUCAAUGAUCAGCAUAGAUCCCUUCCAAACUGCUCUUCAAGGGGGAAACCGAAUAUCAGCCCGUGCUUUCAUUUUACUGUACCAACCUCUACCGACAUGAGACAAGGAACCAUGCAAGGCAUUUUCACUUUUCCUCUAGCUUUUGGAAUCUUUUUCUUUUUCUUCUGGAUAGCUUUGCAUACGACACUAAAGCCAGCGAUUGGAUCGGAACAGCAGAUCCCCUUAUCUAUGGUGAAGCUUUGGGCCUCGGCGUUCGGUGGGGAGAUCAAAUCCAUAGCUGCUAAGUACUCAGGUUCCCAGCUUCUGCAGAAGAGCAUUUUCACACAACAACUUCUGGCAUCUGAUGAAACCCAUCAUGGUUCAAUGUUUAAAGCGAAAUACAAAGAAUUUGAGAAAGAAGUCUCAAUAGAAGAAAUAGAUGGACUUCAUCUUGUAAAAAAACUUGCGAAGGAUAUGGAAGAAAUGUUCCACAAAAAGUCUGAGGCCGUUCGGAGGCUGGUUGAAGCAGCAGAGGAGGCACAUUUGAAGCAUGAAUUUGAUGCCGAGCUACAGUAUGAAUAUUUCAACGCAGUUCUUAUAAAUGAAAAGGAUGAAGAAGGCAAUUUUGUUGAUCUAGGAAAAGAGUUUUUGUUAGUACCCAAUGACCAUUUUAAUAAUUUACCUGUCAAUAUCACUCUAAGUGAUGUCCAAGUGCCAACCAAUGUUUACAACAAAGAUCCUGAAAUUGUGAAUGGAAUAUACUGGUCGGAAUCAUUAAAUAAGGUUUUUGUUGACAACUUUGACCGAGAUCCAUCCCUCAUUUGGCAAUAUUUUGGAAGUGCGAAAGGUUUUUUUCGGCAGUAUCCAGGUAUUAAAUGGGAGCCAGAUGAAAAUGGAGUUAUUGCAUUUGACUGCAGAAACCGAAAAUGGUAUAUUCAAGCAGCUACCUCUCCGAAAGAUGUCGUGAUUUUAGUUGAUGUCAGUGGGAGCAUGAAAGGCCUUCGUCUAACAAUUGCAAAGCAGACUGUAUCCUCAAUUCUGGACACCCUUGGAGAUGAUGACUUCUUCAACAUAAUUGCUUAUAAUGAAGAAAUUCAAUAUGUAGAGCCUUGCCUGAACGGAACUUUAGUGCAAGCAGACAGAAACAACAAAGAGCAUUUCAGGGAACACUUGGACAAACUUUCUGCAAAGGGAAUUGGAAUGUUGGACAAUGCAUUGAGUGAAGCCUUUAAUUUGUUGAAUGAAUUCAAUCACACAGGAGAAGGAAGCAUCUGCAGUCAAGCGAUCAUGCUCAUUGCUGAUGGGGCUGUCGACACAUAUGAUACAAUAUUUGCCAAGUACAACUGGCCUGACCGGAAGGUUCGAAUAUUCACAUACUUGAUUGGAAGAGAAGUUGCCUUUGCAGAUAACCUAAAAUGGAUGGCAUGUGCCAACAAGGGCUUUUUUACCCAAAUAUCCACCUUAGCUGACGUACAAGAGAAUGUUAUGGCGUACCUCCAUGUUUUAAGCAGACCCAAAGUUAUUGAUCAAGAACAUGAUGUUGUAUGGACAGAAGCCUAUAUUGAUAGCACGCUCCCUCAGGCCCAAAAGCUUGCCGAUGAUCAGGGAAUGGUUUUGAUGACAACUGUUGCAAUGCCUGUGUUUAGUAAAGAGAAUGAAACGAGAUCAAAGGGGGUUCUCCUAGGUGUGGUUGGCACAGAUGUUCCAGUGAAAGAACUUUUAAAGGCCAUUCCCAAAUAUAAGUUGGGAAUCCACGGUUAUGCAUUUGCUAUUACCAACAAUGGGUAUAUCCUGACUCACCCUGAACUGCGGCCUUUGUAUGAAGAAGGGAAAAAAAGAAGGAAACCCAAUUACAGCAGUGUGGAUUUAUCAGAAGUAGAGUGGGAAGACCAAGAUGAUGUGCUGAGGAAUGCCAUGGUGAACAGAAAGACUGGAAAGUUUUCUAUGGAGGUCAAGAAGACUGUGGAUAAAGGGAAACGAGUAUUGGUGAUGACCAAUGACUACUACUACACUGACAUCAAGGGGACCCCAUUUAGCCUAGGAGUCGUUCUGUCAAGAGGGCAUGGCAAAUAUUUCUUCAGGGGAAAUGUAUCUAUAGAGGAUGGAUUACAUGAUCUAGAACACCCUGAUGUUUCAUUGGCUGAUGAGUGGACAUAUUGCAACACAGAUCUGCAUCCAGAGCACCGUCAUCUCACUCAGUUAAGAGCAAUAAAAAAAUACCUCACAGGAAAAGAGCCAUCCUUGCAAUGUGACAAAGAGCUAAUACAAGAGGUUCUGUUUGAUGCUGUGGUCAGCGCUCCAUUGGAGGCUUAUUGGACCAGCCUUGCACUGAACAAAUCAGAAAAUUCAGACAAAGACGUGGAGAUUGCUUUCCUUGGUACACGCACUGGACUGACCCGUGUGAAUCUGUUUGUGGGCCCAGAGCAGCUAACUUACAAAGAUUUCCUUACAUCUGAGGACAGAGAGAGUAUAUACAAUGCUGACCACUUUCCCCUGUGGUACCGCAGAGCAGCUGAGCAGAUUCCUGGUAGCUUUGUCUACUCCAUCCCUUUCAGUACAGGAACUGUAAACAGAAGCACGGUGGUGACAGCUAGUACAGCAAUCCAGCUCCUUGAUGACCGGAAAUCUCCUGUGGUGGCAGCUGUCGGAAUCCAAAUGAAGCUUGAAUUUUUCCAAAGAAAAUUUUCGAUUGCCAGCAGACAGUGUGCAUCUUUAGAUGGAAAAUGUUCCAGAACUUGUGAUGAUGACGAACUGAACUGUUAUCUCAUUGACAAUAAUGGCUUCAUUUUGGUGUCUGAAGAUUAUAAACAGACUGGACAGUUUUUUGGAGAAGUAGAAGGUGCUGUGAUGAAUAAAUUGCUAACAAUGGGCUCCUUUAAAAGAAUAACUCUAUAUGACUACCAAGCCAUGUGCAGAACAAAUAAGGAGAGCAGUGACAGCGCUCACAGUUUAUUGGAUCCUUACCAUGCCUUCUUUGCUGCAGUAAAAUGGAUAAUGACAGAGCUUAUCCUGUUUCUUGUAGAAUUUAAUCUAUGCAGUUGGUGGAAUUCAGGACAUUCUGUGAAAGCUCAAAGACUUAAGCAGACCCUGGAGCCCUGCGACACAGAGUAUCCAGCAUUUGUCUCUGAACGCACUAUAAAGGAGACUACAGGCACCAUAGCCUGCGAUGACUGCUUCAAGUCGUUUGUGAUCCAGCAGAUCCCUAGCAGCAAUCUCUUCAUGGUUGUGGUGGACAACGUCUGCAGUUGCAGUUCUGUCGCCCCAAUUACUAUGACUCCUAUUGAAAUUAGAUAUAAUGAAUCCCUGAAAUGUGAACGUUUAAAAUCUCAGAAGAUACGGAGACGCCCUGAAUCUUGUCAUGGAUUUCAUCCAGAAGAGAAUGCCAGAGAAUGUGGUGGAGCCUUCGGCCUGUCAUCCCAGCCCAUGACAAUGCUGCUAUCACUUUUAAUGGUCUAUGUCUCCAGGUGACCCUGACUGCACUGACUCCAUGGCAUGCCCCAUAUCUGGAUAAACUGUGAACCUGAGAGGAAUGGUGCAAUAUAGAAGAGACAAAAAAUAAAUAAAAUAAAAGUAGUCUAAGCAUCAGCAUUUCAUGACUCUAAAACUGUUGGAGAGGAUGAAAACUCUCAAAAACAUGCGAGUGAGAUUAUUCUUCUGAGUCCGCAAAUCAUGCAGCUGUGAAAGCCUCAUUCAGUUGUCAUACUUCAUUACGACAGGACAGCAGACACUGGUGAUCAUCAUUUUCAGCUUUGCCCCAUCAAAAUAAUUUAACAUGGUGUACUUUUUAAAUAAAGUAUGUUAAAAUCAUAA